ACCAAUAUGUGUAUUAGUAACAUUCUAUAGUUGUUAGGUUAGCACGCGCCAUGCAGUCGCACACAUUGUUGACGUGCGUGUUUGUUGUGGCGGUGAACGCAGCGACCUUGAACGCGCCGAGCAUGUCGUCGGUCGAGUACAGUAAGGUUCCGAUCAAGGAGAAGCCUUUAUUUCAGCCACCGCUACAGGAGAUCGCGGAUGUGCUGUCCGUGGGUCUGACCAGCACGUUCGAGACAGUCAGCGUGUCAGUAGCCGACACUCCAGACCUCACUCAGUCUCCAUACAACCUCGUUACACCAGGUCUGACGGGCAAUGCUAAGCUCGUGGAGAUCGGCGGUCCGCCGUACUUGUUACCACUAGUGCAGCGAGACAAGGUGUACGACCUGGCGGCACUCGCGCGCCACUUCCACAGCGACCCCGCGCUGCUGGCCGGCGCAGGCGCAGGGCCCUGGCCGCACAUCGGAGUCAACUGCGAGGGUAUAAUAAAUUUGAGCAUCCGCAACGGUUCAGUAGAGCAAGGCACUCGAAUAGUGUCUAUAGAACCAGUGGGGGCGGCCAAGGGCAAGGGCGGCUACCUGCAGCGACGGCUACCUAACACGGAGACCAGGACAGCGCUGCUGGGGAACUAUUUAUUCAGUGAAGGAAAGCCAGGCAAGGUAAUAAAAGUAGUCGCAAAGAAACGCAUCGGGCCAUCAAACUUCAUUACUGCCAUCAGGGAGACGCUCAAAAACCACUAUGGUGAUGAUAAAAUUAUCGGUCUGGGUGGCAUGUUCAUGCUUCGCUCCGGCAAGGUGAAGUUCCACGUGAUGCCGGACUUCUCCGGCACUGCGCUGUGCACGGACGCCGACGUCGACACCUGGCUGCACUUCUUCGAGAUGCGCGCGCCCAUCACACACGUCGGCACGCUUGUCACUGGAGAUCAUGGGCUAGACCUCCGCGUGCAGCACUUCCACGGGUUCAGUGAGCACGGCGACGGUGGCCACUACCACUACGACACCACGCCCGACGACGUGCACUACGAGGGAUACUUCGCCCUCGCGUCAUCCAUCAUACGGGUAGACGCGCCCGAGGAGACUCACGCAGUGGGGCGAGACUAGACCAAUGUUGUGUUGUGCUAAAGUAGGAACAAAACGACGAUUGUGGCAAAUAGUUAAAAAAUUUGAAUUUUAUUAAUUGUCUAUUUUUAAGGGUGAACCGGUAGUUUUCCUAACAGACCAACUGGAAUAUUGUAAUAACAUUUUUACAAUAAAUUACUAUUUACGCUA